AUGCUGGGGAGGCUGCUGGGGCACAGCCUGGGGCUGUGGCGGCGGGUGGCUUGGCCAGUCUUGCACCCUGCCAGAGACAUUGGCUACAAAGCGAAGGGCUCUCAGGACGCAGCUGUGCAGACGGCUAAUCCAGGUUACAAAGCUUUCAAAAAUGACAGAAUGCCUACAAAUUUUGAUAAAAAGGUGUUAGUAUGGGCAGGACGCUUUAAAAAGGAGGAGGACAUUCCCAAGCACAUAUCGUCUGAGGUCCUCGACGCAGCAAGGAACAGCGUCAGGAUAAAGGUUUGCUACAUCAUGAUUGCGCUGACCUUGCUGGGCUGUUUGGCCAUGGUAAUCACAGGCAAAGAAGCUGCUAAAAGGGAUCACACGCUGCUGAGGAUGAACAUAGAAAAGAAGGCCAAAUGGAGGGCUGAAGCGGAGACGGAUGAGGAGGCAGCUGUUGGGAAGCCACAAUGA